AAACUUAUGGUGUCUAUAUUAUUUAUAAAAAAAUAUAUGGUGUACAUAAUUUAAUGAUUGGUUUUUCAAGCGUUGUGCACUAAAAGUUCGGAAAAAAAAAAGUGUAAUACCAAUUCGUUGUAAUAUUGGAGUUCCUAAAAAGAAAUUUAGUGGAUAAUAUAAUAAAAAUAUAAAUUAGGUAGUUUUUUUUGGUCUAGUAUGUCUGUUAUUAGGAAAAAUAAUAGUGGAAGUUAUUUGGAGGUUAAUUUUUUUUUUUUAAAUUGAAAGUAAGGUUAAUUUUUUUUAGACUGGUGAAAGUUAUUUAGAGGUUAAAAAAAAUAAUAAUAAAAAAAAAAAAAAAAAAAAAAAAAAGGAGGAGGAGGAGUGCAUGAGAUUUUUUUUUAUCUUCUAAGAGUUCUAACCCACCUAAAUACGUAUUUGAUAAUUCAAUUUAUUUUUUUUUUUUAAAAAAACCACCACCCCCUAACCACCAGCCAAGGCAGCCACCCCCCUCUCAUCCGCAGUCCCUUCAUCUCUCAUCGGAGCCGCCGCCCAAAUCCCCUGGACCUAAUGAAAAAAGUGAAGAUGGAAGUUAACUGGGAUUGUCAAAUGCCGUGGCUAAUGCUAACUGAUGGCAACCAGGAUAUCACCGAGCAUGAAUGGAUAGGGCCUUAUCUAAAACCCGAUCAUGUAGAGUCGAGUGUUAUCGUAGCAGCAAGGAGUAGUGAAGACAAGUUUGAUGAUAUUAAUACUACUCGAAGCUUGUUGGAUUUAACGCAGGAGAAAGUUAGAUGUUACAAUGUCGAGUGUGAUCUAGGAUAUGGAAGGAAGUGUUGGGGAUCGUCUCAUGGUUGGAUACUAACUCAAGGGAUUGAUGAUAACAUGUACUUAUUUAACCCUCUUACCAAGGAUCGCCUCGAUCUCCCUUGUCGCCGUACAAUCCCCUUCCUUUGGGAUAAUUCUGGUGAAUUCCUUCGUGCAUAUUUCAUAAACAGGGUUGUUGUACUUAAGGUGUCAGGUGAUACUUUAGUGGUGGUACUUAUGUAUGAUGGCUAUCUUAGAGCUGCAAUUGCCAAGCCCGGGGACACACAGUGGACACCAAUUGUAAUUCCACAACAGGGAGAUCUCCGGAGGGUUAUGGAUGUAUUAUAUCGUAGGGAUAAUCUUGGUACCGAUGGACUUGUAUUCGUGAAUGAGAGUGGCAAUAUUGCACUGGUAAACCUUGAUGAUGUUCAGAAUAAGAAACCUCUGGCAUUGAGUUGGUACGGAUGUUACGUACCGUAUAUACAAUCUGUAUUUCUACAUACAGAUUCGCAACUUAAUUUUUUCGAUCACUCUACCUACAUAGUUAAUUCUGGUCAGGAUCUUCUCUUGGUAUUGAGGAAAUUUGACACGGAAAUAAACGUUGAAGAAAUGGUCAGAGAAGAUGAACAUGAUAUUGAUUAUUACAAGACAGUUAAUUUUAAGGUUUACAAGUUUCAGUUUGAUGACAGGAGUUGGGAAGAGUUGAAAGAUUUGCAAGAUGUUGCUCUAUUUGUGGGUAACAAUGCAACUAUGUCUGUUCGUGCAAGUGAGAUGGGAUGCCAACGCAAUAGCAUAUACUUUACAGAUACUUACCCGUUCGGUUCCAGUGCCACCAAAGAUAAAUUUGCGGGACAUGACAUUGGUGUUUUUCAAAUGGGUGACAAUAUCAUCCGGCCAUUGAAGCUGGAGAAUAACACCCACUUACGCUCUUCCUAUUGUUGUCCCAUGUGGUUUCGUCCUGCAAUUUAAAUUUAAAAUCGAUUUUGUCUUCCAACUUGUACUUUUACUGAGUUUUAUUGUUUUAUCAAAGUGCUUGAGUGUAAAUAUCAAUUUUGACCUAAGUAUUGUUGAAUUAGCCCUCUUGACAGAA